CAGCAACGAGAGAAGGGGAGGAGGCAGUGGGGUGCACUGAGCCGUGAGCUAUGGAUAUUCUGUGCCCCCUGCUCCGGUUUCUGCUCGCUCUCUUGUGGACUGGGGUAGGAGCCCUGAUCAACUUGAAGUACUCCGUGGAGGAGGAGCAGAGAGCCGGCACGGUGAUUGCUAACAUUGCCAAAGAUGCUCGAGACGCGGGCUUUGUGUUGGAUCCCCGGCAGCCCACCGCUUUCCGGGUGGUCUCCAAUUCUGCGCCGCACCUGGUGGACAUCAACCCUGGAUCAGGGUUACUGGUGACCAAGCAGAAGAUUGACCGGGACCUACUUUGCCGGCAGAGCCCCAAAUGCGUGAUCUCGUUGGAGGUCAUGUCCAGCUCCAUGGAGAUCUGUGUCAUCAAGUUGGAGAUUAAAGACCUCAACGACAACGCGCCCAGCUUCCCCACGGACCAGAUUGCGCUGGAGAUCUCAGAGACGGCCAGCCCGGGAACCAGGGUGCCGUUGGAGAGUGCCUACGAUCCGGACUCGGGUAACUUUGGGGUGCAGAGCUACGAGAUCACGCCCAAUGACCUCUUUGGGUUGGAGACCAAGAUGCGUGGUGAUGGCUCCCGUUUUGCCGAGCUGGUGGUGGAGAAGAGCCUGGACCGCGAGACCCAAUCUCAUUACAGUUACAUGAUCACUGCUUUGGAUGGGGGUGACCCGCCCAAUUUUGGCACGGUGGAGUUGAACAUCAGGGUCAUUGACUCCAAUGACAACAACCCGCUCUUCGAUGAACUGUCCUACACCAUUAGCGUGCCAGAGAACGCUCCUCCGGGCACACCAGUGAUCCGUCUCAAUGCCACGGACCCUGACGAGGGCACCAAUGGGCAAGUGUUGUAUUCCAUCCACAGCUAUGUGUCCGAAAAGGCCAGGGACCUCUUCCAAAUCAACCCCCAGACAGGCCUGAUCACGGUCACUGGGGCAAUUGACUACGAGGAAGGCCAUGCCUACGAACUGGAUGUGCAGGCCAAAGAUCUCGGGCCCAACUCCAUUCCUGCCCACUGCAAGGUGACGGUCACAGUGCAAGAUGCCAAUGACAACCCGCCUCUCAUUAACCUGCUCUCUGUUAACAGUGAGUUGGUGGAGGUCAGUGAGAACGCACCUCCGGGCUACGUGAUUGCUCUGGUGAGAGUUUCCGACCGCGACUCUGGUGCCAAUGGCCGGGUGCAAUGUAAGCUGUUGGGGAAUGUGCCCUUCCGCCUGCAAGAGUACGAGAGUUUUUCCACCAUUCUGGUGGAUGGACGUUUGGACCGGGAGCAAAGGGACCAGUACAACCUCACUAUCCAGGCGAAGGACAAUGGGAUCCCCUCUUUGCAAGCCACCAAGUCCUUCACUGUCAAGAUCACGGACGAGAACGACAACCACCCCCAUUUCUCGAAACCUUACUACCAGGUCAUUGUGCAGGAGAACAAUACCCCUGGGGCCUACCUUCUUUCUGUUUCUGCCAGGGACCCUGAUCUAGGCCUUAAUGGCAGUGUCUCCUAUCAGAUAGUGCCAUCCCAAGUGAGGGACAUGCCUGUCUUCACCUACGUCUCCAUCAAUCCCAACUCUGGAGACAUCUAUGCCUUGAGAUCCUUCAACCAUGAGCAAACGAAGUCUUUUGAGUUCAAGGUCUUGGCCAAAGACGGAGGCAACCCCUCCUUACAAAGCAAUGCCACCAUCCGAGUGAUCGUCCUGGAUGUCAAUGACAACACCCCUGUGAUAACCGCCCCUCCUCUAGUCAACGGGACUGCUGAAGUCUACAUCCCCAGGAACGCAGGGGUCGGCUACUUGGUGACAGUGGUCAAAGCGGAUGAUUAUGACGAAGGGGAGAAUGGGAGACUUUCAUAUGAGAUGGCUGAAGGAGAUAGAGGGUUUUUCGAGAUUGACCAGGUCAAUGGCGAGAUAAGGACCACUAGAGCAUUUGGGGAGAAUUCCAAGACUACCUACGAGCUGAUUGUGGUGGCUCAUGACCAUGGAAAAACAUCUCUCUCAGCUUCUGCCUUGAUUUUGAUAUAUCUUUCUCCAGCCUUGGAUGCCCAGGAAUCCAUAGGAUCUGUAAACUUGUCCCUUAUUUUUAUUAUUGCCCUGGGUUCUAUUGCUGCCAUUCUGUUUGUCACUAUGAUCUUUGUGGCCGUCAAAUGCAAGCGGGAUAACAAAGAAAUCAGGACCUACAACUGCAGAAUUGCAGAGUACUCCUACGGGCACCAAAAGAAAUCCAACAAGAAGAAAAAAAUCAGCAAGAACGACAUCCGCCUGGUGCCGCGGGAUGUCGAGGAGACCGAUAAAAUGAACGUUGUGAGUUGCUCCUCCUUGACGUCGUCUCUCAACUACUUUGACUAUCACCAACAGACUUUGCCUCUGGGCUGCCGCCGAUCGGAAAGCACCUUUCUCAACGUGGAGAGCCAAAACAACAGGAACGCCGGCUCCAACCACGUCUAUCACCAUACCUUCACCGGGCAAAGCCCCCAACAGCCGGAUCUCAUCAUCAACGGGAUGCCAUUGCCGGAGACUGAAAACUACUCGUUUGAUUCCAACUAUGUGAACAGCAGAGCUCACUUAAUAAAAAGCAGUUCGACAUUCAAAGAUCUGGAGGGCAACAGCCUGAAGGACAGUGGGCAUGAAGAAAGUGACCAGACGGACAGUGAACAUGACGUCCAGCGUGGGUUGUACUGUGACACUGCUGUCAAUGAUGUUUUGAAUACCAGCGUCACUUCUAUGGGGUCUCAGGUGCCUGAACAAGAUCAGAGUGAGGGAUUUCAUUGCCGGGAAGAGUGUCGGAUCCUCGGUCAUUCGGACCGAUGCUGGAUGCCACGGAACCCCGUCCCCAGCCGGGCAAAGUCCCCCGAACACGGAAGGAACGUCAUGUCCCUCUCUAUAGAAGCUACGGCUGUGGAUACAGAGCUUUACGAAGACUGUGGCGCAAAGAGAACUUUUGCCACGUUUGGGAAGGACGGGAGCGAACCCGUCCCGGAGGAGCGGGGCCCGGCCGCCUUGGUGAAAGGUAAAAGAACAGUGGAUCCGCCCGUCUGUAGCCCAAAGGUCAACGGUGCAGUCCGGGAGGCAGGGAACGGCUGUGAAGCUGUCAGUCCCAUCACUUCACCCAUUCACCUAAAGAGCCCUUUGUCUAGCAAACCGUCCGUGUCCUACAGCAUAAUGCACUGCCCGGCAAAUCGCGACCUGGAGCCCUUUGUAAACAAUGGCCCUUCGCGGCCCACGGAAGCGGAGCCAAGGGGCGCGGACAGCGAAAACGUCAUGCAUGAGAUUAACCCUCUUCUGCAAGAAUGUAGAGAAAAAGACUCGCCCGGUGUGAAGAGGCUAAAAGACAUAGUACUGUAAGCAGCGCUGUGGACGGGAAGAAGUGGCAGACCCCGGAUGUGUGUAUUGUUUUGAACAGCUUACUGAUGGUUUCACAAAUUUGCUGUAUUU